AUGUUUUUCAAGUACAACAAAAUUACGCAGAGUUUAUCUUCGGCGACACAGGAUGUUGCUAUGGGACGACCCAAUACUCCAGAGGCAUUCAAAGUGGCAGUCCAGGAAAGCCCAGAAAUAGUCUAUGACUACAAACCACUCAAAGUUGCUGAAAUUCAGCCUAGUUCACAUGGAGAAUCUGGGGUGUACUUAGUACCUAAUAAUAAAAGAUUCAAGAGGCUUAUGUCACUACAGGCUCAGUUUUUGUCUGCUGAUGGCAAGUUGGUGUGGCAGAAGUUUGCAGCAGAUAGAACACUGUACUACCUGUCUGCUGGGCUUGCAGCUGUUGGUUUUAUCUGGUCAUUGUAUGGUCUCAAGAGGUUAGCUUCUCCACCCAAAAAUGAGUAG